AUGUGUCAAAACAAUCGGAAAGAACUCUUCGUUUGCCGGAACGAAACAAAGCGUACAAUAUUCGCGGCGGUGAUAAAGUGCAUUUUGCUUUCCUUUUUCCAAACAACGGGCAGCAUAAAGCAGAAGAGCUUGUUCGUUGGUUGUUUCGUGAUCAUCCGUUUUUUUUUUAUCAGCAUGUACACUCGAAGUAAUCAAUAAAGUGCUACGUGGUCCCGUAGCAGUCCGGCACGUUUGAGGUUAGCUUGAGGAGGCGACAGGAAGAGCGGAAGACUAGAGAAUACGUGGGCAUCCACGGCAUAGGCGUGCGCGGCUAUUUACUUACGGCUUUUCGUAUGGUGUCGUUGCCGUUCACGAUGCGUAAGGUUUCCCUGGCCCCCUCGUUCGGGCCAAUCGUAGCCGUCGCGGGCGUCCUGUGCCUGUCCGGGAUCGCAUUCGUCCAGUGCGAACCGAAAAGCCAUCCCAUCACUACGCAGCUAUCGGCGAAAUGGGGUAUCACUCCGGUGCAGCUAGAAAUUGCCGAAUUCAUCGACGAGGAAAGUGCCAACUCGUUCUGGGAUUACGUGGAUCUGUUGAACAAAGUGCCGGCCGGUUUGUACCACUUGGAAACGGAAGAAAAACGCUACCAAAAGUCAAUCGAGCUAGCAUCCGAUAUUCUCGGCGAUGGACAAAUCGGGCUGCUAAAGUUGGCACUCUCGCUGCACAGCUUCUCGCCCAAGGUGCAGGCCCAUCUGCAGGUGGCCAAUGAGGUGCUGGCAAAGGGUGACUGCGAGACAACGAUAUUUGCCAGCGUAAACGGAAAGGUCGCGUGUGAGGUGAACGAUCUGGUGAGCAUUUUGCGGGCGGGAGCAAAGGAUGCGCCCGCCGUCGAAACGUUUGCCAUCGAUCACAUCUACCCCGGGUCGGAAAACAAUUCCCUCACCGUGGUACUGUACGGUGAGGUCGGUACGAGAGAGUUUAAGGAAUUUCACGACGCCAUUAAACCGGAAACGGAACGCGGUACGGUGCGGUACGUGUUGCGACAUUACGUGCGCAAGGUGUCUUCGCGUAAGGUACGCCUCUCCGGGUACGGUGUUGAGCUGCACCUUAAGUCGACCGAGUACAAGAGUCAAGAUGAUUCGCCCCGGGCACAGGAUGCAUCGACCAGCGCGGACGGAGGCUCGGAUGCUACCGACGAGCUCGAGGUGGAGGUGGAAGGAUUCGAUUUUACCCAGCUUAAGAAACGGUUUCCCCAUCUCAGCCAUCCGUUAGAUCGGUUCCGGAAUGCUUUGCUGGAGAAGCACGAAGAAAUUGCCCCGCUGAAGGCUUGGGAGUUUCAGGAGCUUGGCCUGCAGGCGGCUCAGCGAAUCGCCGAAAUGCAGGGCGAUGAAGCGCUGCAAAUGCUUCAGUUCAUUGCCCAGAACUUCCCCACGCAAGCCAAAUCGCUGCUCACGCAAACGGUGCCGGAAGACUUUAAGAAGGAGAUGCGGCACAACAUCGAAGUGUUUGGACGCAACCUCAACCUUCAGCCGCCCGAUUCGGCCCUCUUCCUGAACGGGCUGUUUUUCGACGCCGAAACGAUCGACACGGUAACGCUGCUCGAUACGCUGCGGUCCGAGAUGCGCGUGCUGGAGGGAUUGAACCGCAUCAACAUUCGUGGCGGAAGCGCUACGCCACUGCUCGGGUUGGAUCUCUCGUCCAGCUCGAAGGAGUUUGCGAUCGACAUCCGUGAUUCGGCCAUUACGUGGAUCAACGAUCUGGAAAACGAUGCACAGUAUCGGCGGUGGCCGGGCAGCCUGAAGGAUUUGCUUCGCCCAACCUUCCCCGGCAUGCUGCGCAACAUUCGCAAGAAUCUGUUCAACCUGGUGCUGAUCGUCGAUCCGGUGGAGGGCGACAGUGCCGGCAGGGAUAUUGUGAAGCUGGCGGAAAGCUUCGUCGUCCACAUGGCACCGGUUCGCAUCGGGCUGGUGUUUAAGACGGGCGAGGGCGAGGACUAUCGGGCACUGGCGUGUGGAUUUAACUAUGUGCAGCAAAAGAAAUCGUCCACCGAAGCGCUCGGCUUUCUGACCGACCUGUACGCGGCCACCGCCGACCAGCAAGUUAUCCGGUACGCGGACGUGCGUCAGGUGCUGAAGAAAAAGUUCAACCGCCUAAAGCUGGAAGAGGUGGAUGAAAUUUUGGGUGAAGAUUCCGACUUCGAUUAUGGCCGUCAGUUGGCGCAGGAGUUUAUCGAUCGACUUGGGCUGAAAACGGUACCGCAGGCACUGCUGAACGGUGUCCUGCUGCCCCAAACGGCACUCACGAGCGAUGAGUUUGAGGAAACGAUUCUGACGGAAAUCAUGCAGCAAACGCCAACCCUGCAGAAGGCCGUCUAUAUGGGUGAUCUGCACGAGGGCGAACCAGUCAUUGAUUAUCUGAUGAAGCAACCGCACGUGAUGCCUCGGCUGAAUCAGCGCAUCCUUGCCCAGGACGAGCCACAGUUUAUCGACAUGUCAGGCCGAGCGCAUCCGGACCUGGAGGAUAUCACUGCCCUCGGGCAACUAUCCAACCCGGAUCUUACGGCAACGUUGAUGAAAAAUCUGAAAUAUUUCGGUGGCAAGUCCACAUUCCAAAAGUUCCUCGGGUACCGGGUACAUUUCCUUACCGUGUGGGUUGUUGGCGAUUUGCGGCAAGCGGCCUCGAGAAAGCAGCUGAAGAAUGCACUCAAAUUUAUGAAAUCAUCGUCCGGCACCCGGGUCGCCUUUAUCCCGAACGUGGACGGAAACGAUGCGGCUCGUUCGGAGUUGAAGCGGGAUCUAAAUGCGUUAGUGUGGGCCACCAUUAACACGCUGGAAGCGGACGAAUCGUACGAGCUAGUGAUGAAGCUGCUUGAAGCGUUCGAAGCCGAUCCAGCCACCGUUGCCUCUUCCGUGCCGGAUUCGGUCCUAGGCUUCCUACCCGCCACCCAGAUGCAUCUGAAGAUGCUGCGCGUGUACUGUCAGCGUGUGCUGAAGCUGCGGGCAUCCGCCAGCACCGUGCUGGCCAACGGACGGCAGCUCGGUGUGUUCGAUGCGGCAGAGUUCUUCGACACGGAAGACUACGGUUUGCUGGAAAGCUUUAACGCCCUACAGUACACGGACAAAAUACGGUCCGCCAUGAGGCAAGCGGCCCAGUCCGAUGCGGACGAUACGCCAGCCAUCACGAGCGACACCAUCAUGAAGCUGGUUUCGAUACUAGUGCCACGGCAACAGUCCAAAUCGCGGUACACAAUCCCGUCGGAGGUGCAGGACAGCCGAACGGUGGUGAAGCUCGCACCGAAGCGUACCGAUCAACCGUACUUCGAGGUGGUGGCCGUGCUCGAUCCAGCGUCCCGCGGUGCUCAGAAGCUUUCGUCGCUGCUGCUGCUGCUGCGUGAUGUGGUUAACUGUCAGAUGAAGAUUUUCUUCUGUGCCAUCGAUAAGCACAGCGACAUGCCGGUUAAAACAUUCUAUCGCUUUGUCGUUGAGCCGGAACUGCACUUCACCAAGGAUGGUCGACUAUCGGCUGGACCGUCGGCGAAAUUCGUGGGACUACCCGCCAAUCCGCUACUCACACAAAGCCUAAAUGUGCCUGAAAACUGGCUGGUAGAAGUCGUUCGCUCCGUGUACGAUCUGGACAACAUAAAGCUGUCGGAAAUUAACGGCCCAGUCCACUCGGAGUACGAGCUCGAGUACCUGCUGCUGGAGGGUCACUGUUUCGACAGCACGACCGGUUCACCGCCCCGAGGGCUACAGAUCACACUCGGCACCGAAGAUCGGCCGAUCAUUGUCGAUACGAUCGUUAUGGCCAAUCUGGGUUACUUCCAGCUGAAAGCGAACCCCGGCGCCUGGAUUCUGAAGCUACGGCAUGGAAAGAGCGCGGAACUGUACGACAUCACCAGCGCCGACGGACCGAACACGGUACAUACGGCGGAAAGUACGCGCGUAAUCAUUAGCUCGCUGCGCUCGCACGUACUGAAGCUGCGGGUGACGAAAAAGCCGGGCAUGGCCGGUGUCGAUCUGCUGGGCGACGAAAAGGAUGGCGCUGGGGGCGGCGGUGGCAUCUGGGACUCGAUCAGCUCGAUCGUGGGUACCGGCGGUGGCGAUAGCGGCGGUACGGCUGGCGGGGCGGGCGAAGCAGACGUGCUGAACAUUUUCUCCGUCGCUUCGGGCCAUUUGUACGAGCGGCUGUUGCGCAUCAUGAUGCUGUCGCUGCUGAAGCACACCAAAACGCCGGUCAAGUUCUGGUUCCUGAAGAACUACCUGUCACCGCAGUUUAUCGACUUUCUGCCGCAUAUGGCCGGGGAGUACGGGUUCCAGUACGAGCUCGUGCAGUACAAAUGGCCCCGCUGGUUGCAUCAGCAGACGGAGAAGCAGCGCAUCAUCUGGGGCUACAAGAUUCUGUUCCUGGACGUGCUGUUCCCGCUCGACGUGAAGAAGAUCAUCUUCGUGGACGCGGAUCAGAUUGUGCGGGCGGACAUGAAGGAGCUGAACGAUUUCGAGCUCGGCGGUGCACCGUACGGGUACACGCCGUUCUGCGAUUCGCGCCAGGAGAUGGAGGGCUUCCGGUUCUGGAAGCAGGGCUACUGGAAGAACCAUCUGCAGGGCCGCAAGUACCACAUUUCCGCGCUGUACGUGGUGGACUUGAAGCGGUUCCGCAAAAUUGCUGCCGGCGAUCGGAUCCGCGGCCAGUACCAGGCGCUCAGCCAGGAUCCGAACAGUCUGUCCAACCUGGAUCAGGAUCUGCCGAACAAUAUGAUCCACCAGGUGGCGAUCAAAUCGCUGCCGCAGGAGUGGCUGUGGUGCGAAACGUGGUGCAGCAGCGACACGCUGCCGUACGCCAAAACGAUCGACCUGUGCAACAAUCCGCUCACGAAGGAGGCGAAGCUAACCGCAGCCCAGCGCAUCGUGCCGGAGUGGAAGGAUUACGAUGCGGAAAUUAAACGACUGCAGGCGAAGGUCGACGACAGUGAGCAUGAGGAGGCAGCACUGGGGCGUGAUGCCGUCCCGAGCAAUGUACAUUCCACCGAAGAAUCUAAUGCGGGAAGGCAACACACCGAGCUGUGAUGUGUGGAUGGACCCCGCCGAUCGUGUGUCAUUCCGUCGAUCGUGUCAACAGAAAAGGGGAAAAAGCAUCCGCAUCCGGAGAUUGUGAGCGUGUGUGUGUGUGUGUGCGCGAGAGAGAGAGACAGCUAAUCUAGGCAAAUGUUUUACGGAAUAAAUGAAGGCGAACAAAUACUGCUGA